AUGUCUUCAAUAUUAUCAUGUCAAAAUGAUCAAUACUCAUUAUUUUAAGGAGUUGGAACCAUAAAUUGUCAAAGCUCAACUUGUGGGUAGUUCUCUGUAUGCAACAGCUUAAUUUUAUCAGGCAAACCCACUGGAUAGGUAGGCUGCUGUAGAGAAGGAGUUUUGUAUCCUAAUGCAGUUUCUAUUUUAGUGUAUAUUUUGAUUAUUCCUAUUAUUGGAAUUGGCAGUCUUGGAGCAUUAGGAGGUUUGUAUAUUAUUAAAUUGGUUAGGCGGUGUUGUCAAACGUCCUUUUUUAGAGGCCAUUCUAAAUUUUAACUCCUCUGUUUCUGGAGAUAUCACAGCUUGUCUAAUGUUCGGUGCACAAUUAGUGAACUAAGUAAUAAUCUUUUUUUAAAGGUAUUUUAAUAUAUUCUAUGUUUGUAGUCAUCCUUACUCUCCAGAACGUCCUUUAGUUAAUUUUGAGAUAGGAUUAGUCUAUGCCUUGGGAAUACCAAUUUCAAUGCAGUUGGGAAUGGAAUUAGCUAACUAUUUACCACUUUUACCUUUGUUGACUCUAUAAAUGCUUUUUUUCUUAAUAAUAUGCCCAGUACUUUUAUAUUUCGCAAAAUCUGAAUAAAAAGUGGAAAACAAUAAAGAAGUAAACAAUGAAAUGCAACAAUCUUCCAUUAUCACAAUAGAAUAGUAAGUGAAGGGCAACAUAAUUGAAGAAUAAAGAAUGGCUGAAUUAUUUAAAUAACUACAAGAUGAAUCAUGUUCAAGAUUUCCUUUAGUACCAAUACUUUUGGCAUUUGGGAAUUUUGCAGUGAAUGAAUUAUUAAUAUUAUUAAGGACAACAUCUUAUUAAACAUCGCCUUAUUUUUAUCCAAAUGAUGAAGAUUUAGGAAAUAAAUAUUCAGCUUGUGAGCCAUGGAAUUUUUAUAUGAUGAUUCUUUUAUUUGGAGUAAAUCUAAUAAUAACAUUAUGGGUGUUAUUUUAUAUGAGAAAAAAAGAAUUGCUUAAAAAUACAGUGAAUUUUAAUAUGAGCGAACGUUAUUUCACUCCUAUAUCAAGAUUCUUUUUGAUAUAUGGUGCUGGUUGGGCAACAGGAUUUAUAGCUGGAUUCUUAGGAAUGGCAGCUGGAUUGACUAUGUUUGUAACUAUGAUGGAAUUUGGUUUAGUUGCUGGAGCUGCAGGAGCAACAGCAAAUUAUGGAUAUUUUAUUAUAUGUUUACAAGUCUUUAUUUCAUUCGUAGUAGGAGAAUAUUAGGAUUUGACUUUACCAGUAGGUUAUUAAUUUUUCUUUUAUGGAAUAGGAGUAUUAAUUUAUAUUUAUCUUAGGCUAUUGGAGUAUUAAUUUUCACUAAUUUGGGAUAUUAUGUGAUUAAAAAGUACAAUGUGGGUCAUGUAUUAUUCUAUGUUGAUUUUGCUUUGGUUCUACUCAAUAUGAUUGGUAAUGUUGCAUGGGGUAUUGAAUAAUCUAAAAGAUUUUCAUAUCAUUCUUUGGUAUAUAAUCCACAAAGUUGUACAGCUUAGAUUUUAAACAAAAGUUCAGUGUAAUGA